AUGCAUGGUAGUUUUCAUAUAUAGAGCCAGUAUAGGACAGGAGGAGAUAUAGUAUUUGUGUCGAUGUCUUGUUGUUUUCCCUGGGUUCUUCUACAACUUUACCGAAAGUUUGAAGUUGAUAAAUUAAAUGCAUGAAUCCUUAUACUUUUUGUAGUGUAGUAUCAAGCUUGUUUUGAUUCCAUUCAAUGGGUGUUCGAUGUGAUUCCAUGUUUUGACAGGAGCUUACUAUCGUUCAGUUCUUUCUGAUUUUCCUUUUCACUUUCUUUUUUUUAAUUUUCCCCCGCAUCUUUCUUUUCUGGAACCAAAACCAGCUGCCAUGAUAUCCCAUGAAACUCGUAAAAAUUAUAUAUAUAAAAAAAAAGAUAUUAAAAUUCUAGAUUAAUGGCACUGAGGCAACCGUGGCUGUCAAUUCAAUGGAUGGCAAGCGUAAUAAAAGAAAGAUAGAAAAUAUAUAAGGUUGAUAUUGGAGACUUGAGCAACAUAGACUGAAAUGGAGCAUUGAAAAAAACAAAAACGGGCAAUGAAGCACUCAAAGGAUCCAUUCGAGGCAGCGUAUGUGGAGCAAGAAGAAUCACCACCAGAAUCCCCAAUUGCCCAGGAUGAUUAUGACACUCAAACUUCUAACGUUGCUGCUACUCCUGCUGAUUCUCAGGGUGCUGUUGCUGUUUCUGUUGCUCAAGAUGAUGAUGACCUUGGCGGAGGAGGCAGCGAUUUUGUCCACCCCUCUGACAAUCCAUCUACUUCAAGGCCUAUGCUGGGCUCUGCAAGAAGGGAAAGAAUAAACAAGAUGAGGAGGAAGAGCAAGAUAACAUGGAUGUUGAGCUUUGGAAGUUGGCUUCUACUGCUGAUCCAGAUAAAAUGGCCAACAUGCAUUGUUGGUGAGCAUCACUUGAAGCCAGAAAAUUUAUUUACCGAUUGUGGUUUGUGGUAUUGCAAAAAUGUUUGUUGGUGAACUUGUUGAAACAGCUAGACUUGUAAUGAAGGAGAGGAAGGAAUCGGGGCCAACCAGGCCUUGCCACAGUAGAGAAGCAUAUAGAAGACUGAAGCUUGAAGGCAAAGUACCGAAGAGAUCAGUUACCAAGGCUCUUUCGGUAGAUGGAACCCAGGCGCAUAUUUGGUGGUUGCUUGCUCGAGGUUUCUGAAAUCGAACUGUUUACACGUUACACAUUACUUAAUCUUGCAUGCUAAUCUUGUUUUUAUGCAUUUGCAUAUAACCAACUGCUUACAAUGUGAUGCAUAUUGAUCAAAUAGCCUUGAGUUUAUUGGUGGAAAUAGUAUAGUUUGAAGAAUUGUUAGUGUCA